UCUCCCUGGCGGCCUCGCGCCGCUACCAUGGCAACGCCCUCCCCCCGCCCGCCGCACCGGCGCGUCUCUCUGACAUCACUUCCGGCGCAGCUUCGCUGGCCCGGAAGCGCGGCGGGGGCUCCGGUAGGUGCGGGAGGGAGCGGGGGGGGGGGCACCGGCGGGCGGCAUCGCAGCGGGCUGAGGGCGGGCGGGCCGGGACCCGCACGGGUGGCGAGGGACAGAGCCGGGGGGGCCCAGAACCCGCAGCGGGCGGGGGCGGUGCGGGGCAGGCCCCGGGGGCGGCGCGGAUAGCAGGCCCCGCCCCGCCCCGCCGCCCCCAGCCCCCAGCCCCGCGGCCGGGCCCCGCGUCACGCCAUGGCGGAGGACGGCGGGGAGGAGAAGAAGCAGGUGGCCAAGUUCGAGCUGGAGCGGGAGACAGAGCUGCGGUUCGAGGUGGAGGCCUCGCAGACGGUGCAGCUGGAGCUCCUGACCGGCAUGGCCGAGGUGUUCGGCACCGAGCUCACCCGAAACAAGAAGUUCACCUUCGACGCGGGCGCCAAGGUGGCCGUGUUCACCUGGCACGGCUGCACCGUGCAGCUGAGCGGCCGCACCGAGGUGGCCUACGUCUCCAAGGACACGCCCAUGCUGCUGUACCUCAACACCCACACGGCCCUGGAGCAGAUGCGGCGCCAGGCGGAGCGGGAGGAUGAGCGGGGCCCGCGGGUCAUGGUGGUGGGCCCCACUGAUGUGGGCAAGUCCACUGUCUGCCGCCUGCUGCUCAACUACGCCGUGAGGCUGGGCCGCCGGCCCACCUUUGUGGAGCUGGACGUGGGCCAGGGCUCUGUCUCCAUCCCUGGAACCAUGGGAGCGCUCUACAUUGAGCGGCCGGCUGACGUGGAGGAGGGAUUCUCCCUCCAGGCCCCUCUCGUCUACCACUUCGGCUCCACCACGCCUGGCACCAACAUCAAGCUCUACAACAAGAUCACGUCCCGGCUGGCCGAGGUGUUCAACCAGCGGUGCGAGGUGAACCGCCGCGCCUGCGCCAGCGGCUGCGUCAUCAACACCUGCGGCUGGGUGAAGGGCUCGGGCUACCAGGCGCUGGUGCACGCCGCCUCCGCCUUCGAGGUGGACGUGGUGGUGGUGCUGGACCAGGAGCGCCUCUACAACGAGCUGAAGAGGGACCUGCCCCACUUCGUGCGCACCGUCCUGCUGCCCAAGUCCGGGGGGGUGGUGGAGCGCUCCAAGGACUUCCGCCGGGAGUGCCGGGACGACCGCAUCCGCGAGUACUUCUACGGCUUCCGCGGCUGCUUCUACCCGCACGCCUUCGACGUCAAGUUCUCCGACGUCAAGAUCUACAAGGUGGGGGCUCCCACCAUCCCCGACUCCUGCCUGCCCCUCGGCAUGUCCCAGGAGGACAACCAGCUGAAGCUGGUGCCGGUGACGCCGGGGCGGGACAUGGUGCACCACCUGCUCAGCCUCAGCACUGCCGACGGCCCCGACGACAACAUCUCGGAGACCAGCGUGGCCGGGUUCAUCGUGGUCACCGGCGUCGACCUGGAGCGCCAGGUCUUCACCGUCCUGUCCCCCGCCCCGCGGCCCCUGCCCAAGAGCUUCCUCCUCAUCAUGGACAUCCGCUUCAUGGACCUCAAAUGACGGGGCAGAGGCUCUCCCGAACCCUCACCUGCCGGCCCCCGGCUCAGUCCCCGCUCCCGCAGGACCCCCCACCGGGGCCCCCCUCUCGGUUUUACCCGUUUUGUACCGUUUUUUAUUAAAUCUCGAGG